AUGACGAACUGCCCCAUUGAUUUGAAGGAAGCAAUAUCAAGUGCCAUAUUUGCAUCUGCAAGGUGUGAAGAAAUACCAGAACUCAAGGAUGUUUCCAAACAUUUAACGGCAAAAUAUGGAAAAGAAUUUACUUCUUCUGCACUUGAACUGCGUCCUAAUUCUGGUGUUGGUCGCAUGUUGGUUGAAAAACUGUCUGCUAAUGCACCUGAUGGCCCAACUAAACUCAAAAUUUUGACUGCAAUUGCUGAGGAACAUAAGAUCAACUGGAAUCCUGAAUCAUUUGGAGCGAAAGAAUCAAAUAUUUAUGAUGACAUGCUGAAUGGACCAAAUACUUCUAUGGAGGCCACCAAAAUUUCGGCAGAUCAUCCAAUUAUCCAAGCUUCACCCGGUCGUGAGCAGAGACCUCAAGGUGUUCAACUUCCUAAUAAUGAUAAAGAGCCACCUCAUGUUCAAGAUUCAAAACACAUUGGAAAAAGUGACGCACCAACAAGUUUCUAUAAGCACAACUCAAAAUCAUCUCUUCAGCCUAAUGAUUUUGAUUAUUCAAAUACUAGUACCAACAAUUCGAUAUCCUCUGGAACUUAUCCACCAAAUUCAAGACCUCAUGGAAUUGAGAAUCAAGGGAUGGAAGUUAGGAAUUCAUAUUCUGGGAAUAAGAGACCUUCCUCAAUACCAAGGCAACAUUGGCAAAUGGAAUUUAAAGAUGCUACUGCUGCUGCUCAGGCAGCUGCAGAAUCUGCAGAGUGAGCAAGCAUGGCUGCCCGAGCUUCUGCCGAACUUUCAAGCCGUGGAAAUAUCUCACAACAGCAUUCAAUGGAAUCACACAUGUCGUCUCCUCAUAGUAUGAAAGAUGAGGAUCUACAAAAGUAUACUCACUCAUCAUCUCAAAAUGAACAUUGUGCCAGAUAUCCGGUUAAUAAUUCCCAUCAUGGAAGGAAUUCUGGGCUUAUAAACACAGUAACGUUGCAAGGAGCAGUGAUAAGUCCACUGACAGUUCCUUCAAGUCGACUGCAUCUUCCUUCAUUGAAAAAGCAUCAGUGAAUAACGAAACUGCAGAUGCUUAUUCUCAAAUAAACAUGCCUGAAGGCAGGCAGAUGGAGCAUUUUGCUGAACUGAGUAUCAAUAGAAACUUGGGCAAAAAUGGGAUGCAAUUUGUGAAUGAACUGCAUGAUAUUAAGAAUCCUCGGAAUAUUGAUCACCAUGAAGUCAGGGUUGGAGAACAAUCAAGCGAUUCCUCUUCUCAUUCUCAACCGAACACUUUCACUGAUGAUCAUGAUCUUGUCUCUAAUUCAAAUUGGCAGAAGUCAGAAAAUGAAACGAGAGAUUUGGAUGAAAGCGGGAUGCAAUUUGAGAAUGGACUACCUGAUACAAAGACCCGUGAUGAUCGUGAUGUUGUAUCAAAUUUAAACAGUCAGAAGUCCAUAAAUUAUUCUGAUAAGGAUUUAUUUCUUCCCAAUGAUAAAGGAAGCCUUCCAAGAAGCACAAAAGAAACAACAGAUUCUUUUGACAAUGCCUCAGCAGUUUUCGAGGAUUACGGAUCAGAUAAUUAUGAAAAUUUGGUUUGGAGGAAGAGCAUAAAGUACAUGAAAAUAACAUGUACUUUUCAUCUCCAGGUCAAAGAUCACCUACUCAUCCAUUUACAACUGCAAAUUCUUGGAGCGUUCAGCAGAACAACAGUUCACCAGAAAAGUCUACUUCAAAAUCACAGAUUUUCUCAGAGGAGCGGACUAUGCCUGCCUUCUUUGAAAGUUCAACUAGCUUUUCAGUUCCUUCUAACGUGGAUGACUUGCCUGCAAAUUUUGAUGAUUAUGGUCCUUAUUCAGAAAGUGAAGAGGAGGUAGACAAAUCUAAGUUUGUCAGGAGUAGC